AUAUCUCUGAUAGGGUGGUCUACCAUGGAAAAGAGUCUGAGGAUUCCCACUCACCCCAGCAGACUAAUGCCACUCAGCAUCAAGGAAAUCCUGCCUCUGGACUACCCCUGAAACCCCCCAGCUGUAAGACCACAUUAACAGAGGUGCAAUUUGGACCAAUGAAGUUAUUUAAAGAUCCACUUCAGGUACUUUUAGUUUUUGCCAAAGAGGAUAGUCAGAGUAAUGGCUUCUGCCGCGCGUGUGAGAAGGCCAACUACAGGUGCAAGAUGGCACGAACACCCGAGUCGGCUCUCGAAUGCUUCUCAGAGAAGCAUCACGACCUUGUCAUCAUUGACCACAGACAUUCCAGACACUUUGACGCUGAAGCACUGUGCCGGUCAAUGAGAGCGGUCAACUCUUCAGAAAACACUGUGAUAGUCGCCGUUGUGAAAAGGCCAGACAGAGAGGAAGCCUCUGUGAUGCCGCUGAUCAAUGCUGGGUUUAAUAGAAGAUAUGUAGAAAAUGCCAACAUGAUGGCCUGCUACAAUGAGCUGCUACAGUUGGAGCAUGGAGAAGUGCUGGCACAGUUCAAACUGAGGGCUGGCAACGCCAUUUUCACAGCGCUGGAACAAAGCCAAGACGCCAUAGAGAUCACUUCUGAAGAUCAAGUCAUUCAGUAUGUGAAUCCUGCCUACGAGUCCAUUAUGGGCUACCAACAAAGCGAGUUAAUAGGGAAAGAAAUAAUAGAAGUGCCUAAAAGCGAGAAGAAUAAGCCUGAUCUCCUUGAAACAAUAAACUCCUGUAUACUGAAAGGAAAGGAGUGGCAGGGGAUUUAUUAUGCCAAAAAGAAGAAUGGAGACAGCGUUCAACAAAAUGUGAAGAUCACACCUGUAAUUGGACAGGGAGGAAAAAUUAGACACUAUGUGUCCAUCAACAGGCCUUUAAAUGAUAAUAAUAAGAGCGAUAAAUCCAGCGAGCGCGUGCAAGCGGAGUCUCAAACAGACAUACAAUCCAGUAAGCACAAAGACCGAAGGAAAGGCUCUCUGGACGUCAGAUCCACAACAUCUCGGGGGAGCGAUGGGAGCUCACAAAGAAGACACUCCUCCAUGGCCCGAAUUCACUCCAUGACUAUAGAGGCUCCAAUCACCAAGGUAAUAAACAUCAUUAAUGCGGCGCAGGAGAGCAGUCCGAUGCCUGUGGCAGAGGCCUUGGAUCGAGUCCUGGAGAUCCUGAGGACAACAGAGCUCUACUCCCCACAGCUAGGCACCAAGGAUGAAGACCCCCACACAAAUGACCUCGUGGGGGGGCUGAUGACAGAUGGUUUACGCAGACUGUCAGGAAAUGAGUACAUCCUCUCCACAAAGCAACCUCACCACCUCCCCAGUCACCUGACGACCCCUCUGUCAUUAAAUGACAUCCCGCCUCGCAUUGCACAGACCAUGGAGAACGAAGACUCCUGGGACUUUGAUGUCUUUACCUUGGAGGCUGCAACAAUGAAGCGGCCUCUGACCUACUUGGGCCUGAAGAUUUUCUCUCGUUUUGGAGUCUGUGAGUUCCUAAACUGCCCUGAAGCCACUUUGCGCUCCUGGUUACAAGUGAUUGAAGCUAACUACCACUCCAGUAACUCGUACCACAACUCCAGCCAUGCGGCUGAUGUGUUGCAUGCAACUGCCUAUUUUCUCUGCAAGGAAAGAGUCAAGCAAAGUUUGGAUCCCAUUGAUGAGGUGGCUGCCCUGAUUGCCGCCACCGUUCACGAUGUUGACCAUCCAGGCCGCACCAACAGCUUCCUCUGUAACGCAGGAAGCGAGCUGGCCAUCCUCUACAAUGACACGGCUGUUCUAGAGAGCCACCACGCUGCACUGGCCUUCCAGAUCACCACGAGAGAUGACAAGUGUAACAUUUUUAAAAACAUAGAAAGGAACGAGUACCGAACACUGCGACAGGCCAUCAUAGACAUGGUGCUCGCCACUGAGAUGACCAAACACUUUGAGCACGUCAACAAAUUCGUGAACAGCAUCAACAAGCCGCUGGCUGCUCUGGAGGAGAACGGGGGCAGCAAUGAUGAGGAAUCCGUCAAAAGUAUUCUGACGUCCCCUGAGAAUCGGAUCCUCGUCAAGCGGAUGCUGAUUAAAUGUGCCGAUAUCUCUAAUCCAUGCAGGCCCCAGGAGCUCUGUAUAGAAUGGGCUGGACGCAUCUCAGAGGAGUAUUUUGCACAGACGGAUGAGGAGAAGAGGCAAGGUCUGCCGGUGGUUAUGCCCGUGUUUGACAGGAACACAUGUAGCAUCCCAAAGUCCCAGAUUUCCUUUAUAGACUACUUCAUUACAGACAUGUUUGAUGCAUGGGAUGCUUUUGCAGACCUCCCUAAUCUUAUGCAGCAUUUGGAUAAUAACUUCAAGUACUGGAAAGGCCUGGAUGAGCGGAAGCUGCACAGCCUGAGACCACCACCGGAGUAAGGUGCUGCCGCCCCAAAACACUCUACCGUCGGAGGCGGACCUCCUAUCUCACGCUGGGGCAAUUCUUUCGCUGCCAGUCCAGCCCAGCCAGCCAGCCACAGGGCCUCCUCGCCUUCAAUCCUCCUGCCUCUGUAGCACGCAAAGCGUCCGCACGUCCAUCCGCACCGAAACCACAGAGGGACUUCCUGAUGCAGCACUAAAGCUGCUGGCUUUACAAGCCCGCCAGAUGAGAACUGUGACAGACGGACACAGAAUCCUAUGAACUUCUCAUGCCUCUUGGGCAUUCGCAGUGUAGCUGGUCAAGUGACAUGACUGAAAAGAAAAAAAAGGUCUUCACUGGUGUCUUGGCAAAGCAUCCAUCCUCUGAUUACCAUGUAGGCACUCCUGUCUACCUUUGAAGUUGCUGUUAGAGUAAAAACUGCUAGUUUACAGAAGGAGCGGCUGAGUGCAUACUCUGCAUAUGAAGGUGUCCGGUCCACGCCAGUCCAUGGAAUCACUUUUGACCUCCACCAAUCUGCUCCCGGCAAUGCAGGACUGCUCCUUAAAGUCCUGGAGGCAACGCCAUGAAAGAACACUCCACUGCUUUCCUUUUGUUUGUUUCUUUGUUUUCAGGCAAUAUCGUCACAUGUCCUUCAGAAACACAUCCGAGCUGAUGCAUAGCUUUCACAGUCGACGUGAGAGGAGAUGCUUCCUUAAUGGGUCAGGUGGGGAGGGACUUUCCUUCUAGUCCUCUGCUAAGAGACUAAAAAAACCUCAAAACCUUGAUUUGUAGGUAUCUAAUUACAGUCAAUUUGGUAAAUUAACUUUUCUUAGAUAUUCCAUAUUUUCUAUAUCAAAAUCCAGAGAUUAAUUAGUUGAUUUAAAAGGAAAAAAAGUGUAAAAAAAAAAAAAAAAGAAGAAGAAGAAAAAAGCCAAAGCUGAUGAACAAGAAUACAACUCUCAAAAUUCAAAGUUAUUCCUCAUACAGAGCAUUAUAAAACAUUUUUAUUUUCUUAUCAAGAAUACAGUACCAGUUUAAAUGAAAACUUUUGUAUUGCACUGUAAACAAUAUUAGAAAUGUCUACGUCUCAGUGAUUUGUCCAGGGAUGGGAUGUUGCAUCGGAGAAUAAGCUGUUAUUGUUGAUCAUCAGGAGAUUGUGUGCAUGUGCGAAUGUGUGGGAGUGUUUUGGUUGCUGGUGUGAGUGUGUGGGUGUACUCAUUGUUGCAACAAUCCCUUGCUCUUGGUUUAAUGCUGUAAUUCGCUUGACAUUUGACAACAGCAGAAAUAUGUGAAAACAUUUUGGACUUGAAAAAAUUUUUUCUCCUAGAAAUUUUUGUAUCUGGUUUAUCCUACUGAAAAGACUGCCUUAUUUUAUACAAUAUUUAUACAGUACAUCCCACUGUGCAACUGCAGCAGACAUCUGGAGUUUUUAUUAUAACAUAGUUCGAAGGUUAUGUUCAAUUAAAUCUCAAUAUUUUUAUAGACAAUGAAUUUUACACUGGAUUUGCAUCAGAUAAUAUCAACCAUUAUAGCUUUCAGAAUUCCUGUGAAUAAGAAAGUCACACAGUGUGCAUACAGAAAGUUAAUGGGAAAGCUAGAUGUGGAUUGCAGAGUUGUCUAUCACUGUCUUUAAGCGGUCUCCUAGAGGCCAGCUUACAUUGAUUUUUGAUCAAACAUUCUCUAUUGCCCUCUUGUACAACAUCCUUAUGCAAAGAUCCAGGAAAAAGCUUUUUUUUUUCUCUCCUCAAGGCUGUAUUCAGAUUAGAAUACUAAUAUAUGUUAAAGAUUGUUGCUUAUUAAGAAUAUUUCCUCUUUAAACAGUAUAUAAAUGCCAUAACAGCUAAGCAAGUGAUGGUUAAUAAGCUGCAUUGACCAUGAUUAUCUUUAUUUCUCUCUUUCUGAAAGAAUUGUACACUCAGUCUGGGGGAUUUGUUUGUUCCUUCUGAUUCACACUUUGGUCUGAAGGCACGGAAAAAAAAUAGAAACUAUUCAAUGAAAAAUAAAAUCUCAACUUUAUACA